CGUCAGACAAGACCUGUCUGCCGCGGCACCUCGCCGACAUUCCUUCUCCUGUGGCGUAUCCAGCCACAGUUCAAGCUAGCAGUCGUUCUAACCCGUCUGGUAAUGUGUUAAACUCCUGCGAGGUCGCACGGACCGCCACACUCACACACAGUAGGCAUCUCACCGUAACAGCAACAUGUCCAACUGUAGGGAGAGGCGGAAGUUACAAUCUAAAUGACUGGCCCCGGAGAAGUACCAUGGCGAGCACCAGGCAGAGAGCCGUGUGCGGGUUCGCCUUGCUGCUGGUGGGAGUCCUCAGUCUGCUCGCGUCCAUGCGGUACAGGGAAAGAUACCGACUGAGCAUGGACCCGAUCAUGAGAUCGUCACGUGUGCACGCGUGCAAGCCUGACACCAAAAUUGCCUUCAUCAAGCUCCACAAGACGGGCGGGAGCACCAUUAUGCAGGUCUUACACCGCUUCGGGUAUCUUCGCAACCUCUCUUUCGUGCAACCGAGCUCCAACAACAUCAACCAACUCUACCCAUACGGCCUUCAGGACAUCCGAAAGUACCUCCCACCCGAGGGAAAGGAGUUCGACAUCUUGACGUAUCACACCAUCUACGAUAGAGCCAGGAUAACUCAGCUGCUGUCUGGGAACGCCACCUUCGUCACCAUCCUCAGGGAACCGAUGGACCGCCUCAAGUCUGCCUUCAACUACUACCAACUGGCGAGGAGGUUCCGCAUUCCCGGAAGGAACGCCCUGCAAACGUUCCUGGAAAAUCCGGAAAGAUUCGAUAACAAGGUCGAUCUGCGCUCCUCAGGCGCGCCCAUAUCUGCAACCAAGAACCCGAUGGCAGUAGAGCUGGGUUACCCCCUCAAGGAUCUGUCCUCCAACCUAUCUACAAGUGUGAGGGACAAGAACAUCCGGGACUUUGUAGACAAGAUCUCGCGAGAGUUCGGGCUCGUGAUGGUGACGGAGUACUUCGACGAGUCCUUGGUGCUGCUGAGGCGGCUGCUGUGCUGGGACAUGCAGGACAUCCUCUACUUCAAGUACAACAGCUACGAGUACGAGCUGCGGAAAAACACCGUGUCUGAGCGCCUGGUGCAAAACUACCGGCGGCACAACGCCAUCGACUACGCUCUGUACGAGCACUUCAACCGGACGUUGUGGAGAAAGAUCAACAUGGCGGGCGGCAACUUCCAGGAGGAGCUGGCCCACUUCCGGUGGCUGCAGGACAAGAUGAGAACUCACUGUAACCGGGAGUUUUACGACUUCGCUCCCAUCUACAUAGGCGAGACGGCCUGGAACGCCGGGUUUCGCAUAGACGCCACGUUCUGCACGUGGAUGAAGACGUGGCACAUGUGCUACUUUACCUUACUCAGGGAUAGGAACGUAAGGAUUCAGCAGGACAAGCAGAAGCUGCCGACAGCCAAGAGGCUGCCCAGGACAGGCGGGAUCUACUCCGAUCCUUACUGCGUCCUGUGCGAGAAUAUAAAGAAGCACUGCACCGUCCACGAGUACGUCACUCAUCUGUACCACGAGGGGUUCCUGUCGCCCUCACAGUCCAGCUCAUCAAAAAUAACAAGCAUCAAAUCUCGACAUGGCGGGAAGCCACAACCCAUUUCUUGACCUACAUAUUUUAAACAGAGGACAGAGACCUUCAAAUUUAGCCUUCGAAGCGGGCUCAGCAGCUUGCGUUUUGAUAUUGCUACUUGUUUUAAAUGGUUACGCGCUAUUUUCUGAUUACAAUUGUCGUGUGAUUUACGCCAUCUUAUACACCAUUUGCUGACAUGAACCCCGUGCGCAGUUGCUAUUAAAAUAACAUGAAAGCCGAAUCAAAAGAAAAUGCAAACUCUGCUAAUAAGGUCCAUUUUCCACAUUUAAACUGUGAUCAGAGAACAAUGCGUAAUCAUAACAAAAACAGCAAUGAUAAAUGCCUGCAACGGUGUCUGCUUGGAGGCUAAUUGUCGAUCGGUACCUAGGCUUAUGU